AUGUUGGCGUCUUCUUACGGAUGUUUGGUGAAUUUUAUGCGAUGGUUUCUUGUGAUCUACAACAGCCUGUUUUUGUUUGUAGGCAUUGGACUGAUUGCCAUGGGUACUAUUUCUAUCACGCAAUAUUCCGGUUAUAUUGCCACAAUCGGCUCGGAUUUGGCGGUGCUACCCAGUUUGUUCAUCUUUCUCGGUUUCGUUAUCCUUGUUCUGUCCACGUUGGCUAUUGUUGGUAGUUUUUUACUGCACAGUUGUUUACUCAUCUGUUAUUGUGGUCUGUUAUUCGUUGUCAUGCUCGGCGAAGUAGCGCUGGGGAUGGUGGCUAUCACCGGUCGAGAAAAAGUACAGCAUCGGGCACAAGUCGAAAUGGUUCGUGCUAUGUCAAACUAUCAAAUGGAACCCCAGACAAGAUUUGGAGUAGAUCUGAUUCAGCGAAAAGCCAUUCGCCACCCGAAGCUCGCGGUGUUGCUGACGUCGGGACUGUGA